ACAAUGUACAAUUAAUAUGAAUAAUGAUAAUUUUAUGUGUAAACAUUGUAAUUUUAAAGGUAUUAAUAGUCAUGAUAUAGAGAGACAUAGCUUAAAACAUAAUAAUAUUAAAGAAAGGCCUUAUAAAUGUGAUAUUUGUGAGAGUAGUUUUAGUCUUAAACAUCAUCUAAACUCACACAUUCGUACACACACUGGUGAGAAACCAUAUAAAUGUGAUAUUUGUGAGAAAAGGUUUAAUCAAAAAAGUGAUUUGACCAAACAUGUUCGUACACACACUGGUGAGAAACCAUAUAAAUGUGAUAUUUGUGAGAGUAGUUUUAGUCAAAAAUGUAAUUUGAAAGAUCAUAUUCGUACACACACUGGUGAGAAACCGUAUAAAUGUGAUAUUUGUGAAAAUAGUUUUAGCCGAAAAGGUCAUUUGGACCGACAUAUUCGUACACACACUGGUGAGAAACCAUAUAAAUGUGAUAUUUGUGAGAGUAGUUUUAGCCAAAAAGGUCAUUUGAAAGAUCAUAUUCGUACACACACUGGUGAGAAACCAUAUAAAUGUGAUAUUUGUGAGAGUAGUUUUAGUGUAAAAUGUACUUUGGACAAACAUAUUCGUACACACACUGGUGAGAAACCAUAUAAAUGUGAUAUUUGUGAGAGUAGUUUUAGUCAAAAAUGUAAUUUGAAAGAUCAUAUUCGUACACACACUGGUGAGAAACCAUAUAAAUGUGAUAUUUGUGAGAGUAGUUUUAGCCAAAAAGGUCAUUUGAAAGAUCAUAUUCGUACACACACUGGUGAGAAACCAUAUAAAUGUGAUAUUUGUGAGAGUAGUUUUAUUCAAAAAGGUACUUUGAAAGAUCAUAUUCGUACACACACUGGUGAGAAACCAUAUACAUGUGAUAUUUGUGAGAGUAGUUUUAGCCGAAAAAGUAAUUUGGACGAUCAUAUUCGUACACACACUGGUGAGAAACCAUAUAAAUGUGAUAUUUGUAAGAGUAGUUUUAGUCAUAAAGGUUAUUUGAAAACACAUAUUCGUACACACACUGGUGAGAAACCGUAUAAAUGUGAUAUUUGUGAGAAUUGGUUUAGAUAUCGUAAUAAUUUAAAAGAUCAUAUAAUGCGUAUACAUGCUGGUAAAGUUAAAAAGAAAGGUUCUUAA